AUGUAUUUCCCAGCUCUCAUCCUCCUCGCCGGCACUGCGCUCGCAGCACUUCAACUCGCCAAGCGCCAGAAUGCUUGCUUCAUAGUUGGCUCCCAAGCCCUCCCCGAAGAGACCUCUGGACUGGCCGCCUCUCUCGCUAGCACCGUUACAUGCGACACCUCUCAGACAACCAUCGACGGCGUCCCGGAUGUCUCCUCCGGCGGCGUCACUUUCUCCUCCAUCAACUUUGCCACCUCGGGCCAGACGCCUCUCGCCUUCGCUCUCGACCGAUUCGCAACGACUACGCCGCUGGCCAACAACGACUUGCUAGUGUUCCAAAACGAGCUCAACGUCUACCUCGCAACUGAAGCUGGCAUCAGGUCCGUCGGGGGAAACCUCGCCGUCAAGGUCCCCAAGUUCUUCCUCCAGUUUCAGAUGGCACGCAUUCAACAGGCUCAGGGCAUCGUGUCCGACGUCCCCGGCAUGACGGUGGAGCAUCAGCUUGGAAAAGUGCUCAAGAACGCGGCUGGAGAGGACCAGGCUCUGCUGGACCAGGUAAACAAUUUGGCCGUUACUCUGAACUAG